GCCCUCAGUGUGCGUAUGACCUUUGACCCUGCGCAAACGUGCCAUCAUGCCAGCCCAGUCCGCCAUAUUGACUGUUGUCUUUUGCCUUGAGAAGAAGAUAAGCGAGAACAUUUGCAGCGCUUGGAAAAGAGAAACAGUUUUAAAAAAAUAAACAAACAAAUCCGAAACCGCUUUUCCGUCGAGCUCGUAAAUCAGCGCAAGUCCGUGCCGAGGGGGAAUUUAUCAACAUGGCGAGGAAGAAGAGCAAACAGGCCGGAGUUGGGAAUAAAGAGCAGAGUUUGUCGAAGAGCCCCGGCGGAGGAGGAGAUGCAGGAGCAGCAGCUGCAGCCAGGAGCACUCAGUCGGUGCACACGUGCUGCUUGCUGUGCCAUCGGGAGUUUAAGGACUGGGGCUCGGGCCUGGCCAACGGGCUCCCGGGCCACGGCUCCAAGCUGGCCGACGCCGUCCCGGCGCUCUCACAGGCCCUGCUGAGGGAGGCGCCGGGGCGCAAGCUGGCAGACGCCGUGCCUUCGCUGUCGCAGUCGCUGCUGGGCGAGGUGCCGCUAUGGAUCUGCCAGAGCUGCCGCAAGAGCGUGGAGGAGGAGGAGCGGAGGGCGGUGCAGGAGCAGAGCGUGCCGGCACCGCUAUCCCACUCGUCCUCAUGUAAGUCGCAGAAUUGUGGGAACGGUUACCCAGAGCAAAACUCGGUGGACUGGGAUCCCAGCUCCUUCCUGUCGGCCCGGAAGCUCUCGGGCCUUUGGAACUCAACACACACGAACACGGGAGCUCACUGCAACCACGGCACUGCUACUCACUCUCAGCAAGCAGGCGGAACGGCAGGACCAACCUGUCACGAUAAAAGAUCGUCUCACGAGGCAUCCGGGACCAAAGUGUGUCCCUAUAGUCACCCAGCGUCCCCCAGUGCCACAUCCACCGCUACACCACUCUCUACCUCCGCUGAGCUCUGCAAGACCUCGGCCAAGCACUUCAAAACCAUGUGUAGGAGACCAACUCCUCCAGGUGAAGCGUUUCACCCGAACGAGCAGCACCAGCCGUCGGCGGACCUGUCCGUUCCACCCAACAGCCCGACGGGUCUCUCUUCUUCCCAGAAUUCAUCUCUGCUGCCCCCCUCCACCAAACCCACAUCCAAUCAGCACGCUCCGUUCACUCCGCUAGCACCAAACCUCAGCGCCAAGCACUCGGGCGGGCAGGAAAAACCCAGCACCUGCAAAAACGCCAAACUGAGCUCCUCCAUGAUGGGCUGCAAUCACCCGUGUAACGGACACAACACCAACGGCGCCAGCGCAGCCUCCACUAACGCAGCUCAUCUAACAGCCAGCACGUGCAGGGACCAGGCGUGUAAAGGGCACAAGCUGGUGAACGGUUCGUCGUUGUGCCAGCAGGCAGCGUGCGAGGGGGACGAAGUGGAGGACGAGGACAGCGGCUCCGAGCGCAGCUCCUGUGCCUCGUCUUCCACGAACCAGCGUGACGGCAAAUACUGCGACUGCUGCUACUGCGAGUUCUUCGGACAUAACGCGCCCCCUGCAGCUCCCACGAGCCGGAACUACGCGGAGAUCCGAGAGAAGCUCCGCUCGAGGCUGACUCGUCGUAAAGAGGAGCUGCCUCAGAGGCAGGACCUGGACCCGGCUGUAACGAGCGCCAUAGAUCACCGGGACGUCGAUGAGCUUCUCCACUUCAUCAACUCCACAGAACCUAAAAGGGUCAACAGCGCCAAGGCCGCCAAACGUGCUCGGCACAAACAGAAGAAGAAGGAGAAGGAGCGUGCGCAACAAGCAGGCAGCGAGCAGCGUUCGUCCUCUUCUCCUCAGCCAGAGGCGAUGGAGGAAGUGGAGGAGGAGGAGCGUGCUCCAGACGGUGAGGCUGGCAGGCUACUCGAGUGGCCUCAGCUGGAGCUGGAGCGCGUCAACAGCUUCCUAACGUCUCGCCUCGAGGAGAUCAAGAACACCAUCAAGGACUCCAUUCGCGCCUCGUUCAGCAUGUACGACCUCAACCUCGACGUCAGCGACUUCCCCAAAAAAGCCGCCUCGCUAGAGGGCCAGCGCCUGCUGCCUCACCUCAACGGUUCAGCGACUGAGCCGCAGCAGAUCGACCUGGACCUCGCGCCGCUCUCGUUUAAAAACUUUAAAAAGAGCGUGAAGAUUCUCCAAGGCCUUACUAGCGAGAAUAACAACAGCAGCCCCCCUCCCACCGCCGCCCCCACCCCCACCCCCACCAACAACAAUAAUACCACCGUUAACACCGCUCCUGCUCCUAACGACGCACCCAAAUCCAAAGACGAGACCAAGAACACCACGGGCAACGCCGUCAAAACAAAGAAGGGCAAGAAAAACCAGCGGCAACAGCAGGAGCAGGCGUCCCAGGAGCAGCAGGCUAACUUCAAACCAGCUAAAGCGACAUCUGGAAAUCAGGAGAAAAGCAACGAGACUGAGAAAGGAGCCAGGGGAGGGUGCAGAGGAGCCCCGCAGCACGGGGAGAGUCAGAAAACAGGGAGCAAAAAGGUAGAGGAAAGCAAGCAAGCCUCCAAGCACAACGGCAACGCAGCCUCGAACGGGAACCAUCACUCGGGUUCCAGCACGCAGAGGGGGAAGAAUGACAACGAAACGCGAAGCAACAAAUCGGAGCACGAAGCAGACGGGAAAAGCAACUCAAACAACGUAGUCAACUCUCAGAACUCGCAGCAGCAACAACAGUCCAAAGGAAAGAAUAAGAAGAACAAGAGCAAGACGGAAAAGUCCAGCAGUGCUAUUGACGACGUGUUCCUCCCGAAAGAUCUGGAUCCGACGGAGAUGGACGAGAUUGAUCGCGAGGUCGAAUACUUCAAGAGGUUUUGUCUCGAUUCAGCAAAACAGACGCGACAGAAGGUGGCCGUGAACUGGUCCAACUUCAGCCUGAAAAAGAUGCCGUCGAACGCAGCGCAGUAACACAGCACGCACUCGCACACAUACACAAACACACAUACACACACACACGCCUGGAUGAUGGUAACCGGAGAACCCCCAACUUCCCAAUAGGACUCGACUCUCUUGGCCACCUGAUUGGUCACUCUAGUCUGUAGCCACUGUACUCCUGAUUUGAUUGGAUGGAGGUCGCCGCCUGUCUCUGCCCCUCUCUCAGUACGCCACGGGACCUCGUCACACAGUCUGUAAUCGUCCAGAGUUUUUACUGUAUCUCUUAGUAGAGCGGGAUCACUCGCAGGAAACCUCAUUGCUUCAUUUUGUAGUGUGUAAAUAAUGAUUUUACAAUAAAAAAAAAGGUUUUAAACCCCAAACCAUGGCACACCUCGGCCCGUCAACCCACAAUGUCUAUUUAUUUAUUUCUUUUUUUUUUUUUUUUCCAAAAGGUACUUUUUAUUCUGACAUGUGCUCAUUGACAAAUACUGCAGAUACUGACAACAUUACAGAAAUGACAUUGGGUUUUUAUAGUGAGGACAGAACUAGAACGACCACGUGCUUUACUAAUCGCAGUGUCGUUACUAAUAAUCACGUGUGGAGGGAAAUGUUCUGGACUUGUCUGUAUCAAACGUCUCACUAGGAGCAUCACGUAAUACGUACGUUAUAUUUAUUUCCCAGCAUACGUUGUUUUAUCCUGUUCACUACUCGCAGUAGUUUAUUUUUAAGUCGGUCACGUUCCGUAAAUUACGAUGAAAUGUGUCACGCUGAAUUACGAUGAAAUAGUUUAUUUUUAAGUCAUUCAUGUUAAAUUAUGAUGAAAUCUAUAAUUUAUGCUAUAUAAUAGCUAUGUCAUAUCCCUCACCACAACUUCUCAGAGACUCCACCUGAUUUUAGAUCAAUAUCAGAAGUGCCAAUAUUUACGGUGUAGACAUAGCAUUUUUGAUUUUUGAUCUCCUUCGUGCGGAGAUACACCUGAAAACUACCAAACAUGAAUAAAAAUCAAGGAAGGGGAAAGGAUGCAGGAUGAGAAAUGCUUGUUUGCGGUUUCUUUCCUCCAUUCCGACUUUAUCUACUACGUAAAUUCUUGUGAGCCAAUAGAAAUCAAGUAGGCGGGGCUGUUGUUUUUUUUUUUGGCCAGAAAAUUAAAACGGUGCAGCUUAUUAUGAAGUAGCACUCGCACCAGAUUUUUGCCUCUCUGGGGGUAAAAAAAAAAAAAAAAAAAAAGGAUGAUCAUGCGCUAGUAAAAGUCAUAAAAAGCUGUUUAAUUUUUUUCUGCCUGUGAGUAGUUGCUCUGAGACGUGUGAUAAAUACAAGCCCGGGGACGUGAAGUACUUACAAAGGUUACAGUGUGGGACCAUGUGAAACAUAUUUGCCCUUAUUAUGAAUACAAUUUCUGAAGUUGGACAAAUUUAAAAGAAAAAAAAAACAACAAAAAAAAACACUAAUAUAUACAGCGAUGGUGUAUCUAAUACC